UCGACGUCCGCGCUGGAUAGUCGACAUUUCCCGGCAUCUCGCGGCUUUUUCCAUUUCGCGCUUGGUGUUGUUCAUCUUCCACUCUGCUCGGCCGACGAGACGUGAACAAAUCAAAAAGAGGGUGUGAACAAACAGUGUGCAAACAGUGUGCGUUUUAAAUUGAUAAAAAUAGUUCAGAAGAGCACGAAAAAAGGAAAGCUUUUUCCAGGACAACUACGCCUUAUUACAAGAAGCUACGAAGACAGAACGACUUGUACGAUGAACAUAAAAAUAUCAUUACUAGCUUUAAUGCUAAUGAUAGGCACGACGGCAAUGGCCGCGGACGGACUGCUGCUGGGCGACACCUGCCAGCACGACAUGGACUGUUCGGACAGCGUCAAGGGCAGCUACUGCACCCUGGAGGGCAUCUGCGAGUGCAGUCCGUUCUUCGUGCGGCUUAACGAGUCUUCCUGUCUACCAUGUACGUAUCGUGUUCCGGUGCUACCGACCUCUCGGUGCACUGAUUCCGCCAUGGGAAACAUUUUUGACUGCCCAUCCCCAAAAAAUAGACACAGACCUACAUCGGUGUGUAGAGCGUUGCAUUUAAUUAAUCUUUCCUCCCGUCCCGCUUCCGUGUCUCUUUUACGCACAACAGCCCAGCUGCUGGAGAGCGAAUGUAGCCUGUCCGAGCAGUGUUCGAUGCGUGUGGCCAACAGUAGCUGCAUCGGUGGACGCUGCCAGUGCGACGGAGGGUUUCUACAGUUCCGCAAACAUACCUGUCUUUCGCCCGCCCAGCCGAGCACGGUUUGCUACAGCCACGCGCACUGCCGCAUGUGGGACGCGGCGAGCCACUGCGACUUCCUCAUCCCGAACCUGUUCGGGCGCUGUCAGUGCACCUCGCCGGCGCGCCAAAACGGACCGACCUGUGUGACGGACCCGGUAACGGAAGCGGUGCCGGUCGAGCAGGAGCUGCUGCCAGCUUUCACCAAACCGCAGCAGCAAGCGCCCGCCGCUACGGAGCAGAUGGACAAUGAGCUCGGCUCGAUCGAUCGAAUGUCAACCACGACGGAGGACGACGUGAUCGUGGUGGACAAUAUUGUGCAUCGGGACGAUGCACAGGAUGAGCAGAUGGCGUCGGCGGAGGACCACAUUACCACGGAAUAUCAGUCGGCCGGUUCGGAAGAGGAUGGUAUCAGCACGACGGACUUUAUCGAGAUUACUACGAGCAGCCGCUAUCCGGGUGAGGGUGAGCGUGUGACGACGACCGUGAGCGGUAUGGAGCGGUACGAGAACACGGAGGAGUAUGCGAACCUGGAGCAGGAGGUGGAGGAGCAGUUCAAGCGGCAGGAGCUUGCCGAUGCCCUCGCGACAACGACGGCCGGUGCUUGGGCUAGCGAAAUUGCCGAAGCCAUUACGUCGCAGGAGCGGGAACAGGAUGCGCUGGACAAGAGUGACAGCGAGGGUGUGACGACGAUCGAAGUGGUGACCGUUUCAAACGAUGGACAAACGACGGAACGCAGUGAGACGACGACUCUGACACAGGACCAUGAGCCUACCACUACAGAGUUGCAGUACGACACGGAGGAACCAAGUGAUGUUGAGAAUGAAGUGGAACUGGUGGAGUACGAUCGUACGGAUGCACCUGAAGCUACGUACACCCAGCAAGCCGCUUCUCUGAUACAGCAAGAAACUACCACUGCCACUGCGGAACACAUGGAAGACACGACACUGGUAGCCACCUCCACCGAGCAAUCGAACACGGAAGCGAACGAUGCGAAGGAACUAACGACGACCGAGCUGAUCGAGCAGUACCACGAUGUGCAGCUGCGCCGCCAGGACUCGAAGCUGUUCGACGAGGAAGAGGUAGAGGAGCUAGUUGUGAAGAGCCCCGCCCCGAAGGAACGGUUUGAGGCGCGCGAAACGACCCGCCACGCCGAGCACGAGAACGAAAUCGUCGACACGCACGCGGUGGACACGACCACGGAAACGUUGCUAAGGUUGGCCAGCCGUACGACGGCGAUGGAACCGGAAGCACCGCUCUCCACCACCACGGCAGCCACAUCCACUGCAAGAAUACGCACUCGUGUGGACUUGGGAGACGGUCCCGUUUCAUUGGGACUAUCCUGUGCCAGCAACGAACAGUGCCAGUUGGCCGACCCGUACAGCUACUGUAACGAUGAGGGACGCUGCGACUGUUCCUACCGCACGCCGGACGAUGCUUGCCGGGCCACCAACACUGGCUGCUCUCGGGGAACGUUCCAGUGCCGCUCGAGUGGAAUCUGCAUCAGCUGGUUCUUCGUGUGCGAUGGCCGUCCGGAUUGUAGCGACGCGUCCGAUGAGGAGUGUAAUUUCUCACAGAAGGCGAACGGUACCCUGCAGCAGCGGGCGGCCAGCUGUCCGGAGCUGUCGUUCCGGUGCGAAAAGAGUGGCCGCUGCAUAUCGCGGGCCGGCAUCUGCGACGGAAAGGCCCAGUGCCCGCACGGCGAGGACGAGGUUGGGUGCGAUUUCCGCAAGUCGCGCAAGUGCCCGGAGCACACGUUCAUGUGCCGCAGCGGGGAGUGUUUGCCCGAGUACGAGUACUGCAAUGCGAUCGUGUCCUGCCGGGAUGGAAGCGACGAACCGCCGCACCUGUGCGGAUCGCGUGCCGUGCCGAACUUUUUCGUGAAGCUGCUGAGCGGUCCGACGGCACGGGGCCGCAACUACUGCCCGAUGCGCUGCGCCAAUGGACGGUGCCGGUCGACCGCGAUUGUCUGCUCCGGCCGGGACGGGUGUGGUGAUGGUAGCGAUGAGGAUCGGUGCUCCGUUUGCCGAUGCCCGGCGCCUGCCUACAACAACGUCCUCGCACCGAUCGUACCGGCCGUCGUGUCCAAGCCAAGGAGUAGAACGAGCCGCAUCACCGGUGGACACUGGUCACGAACAUAAAGUCCUCGCUCGGACCGCCGGCUAGAGGGCUGAGUGGCUACACGCAGCUACGGCUCGAACGGCCAUAAAUAGGUUCGCGGUUCCACUGCACUCGGCAGCACGCUGAUUGUGCUGAUUUUUUUUUGUAAAUAAAAGGUCCAAAAGACGCAAUGGGGCGAGCUGAACGCUUGUCCCUUUUAAGGAGACAACAUUUUAUACGACAUACCCGUGUUGAGGUAGUGCGAACACUAUCAAUACAACAGCAAACAAGCGGAUUCUAGAAAUUAAGUAAAUGCGUAACUCAAUGCGUAACGCAGCAUGGAAGGUAGGCGAGAGCUUAGCAGCGGACACUAACACUAGAAAGCAUAAUUACAUCAUCCCUCUCUAACUAUUUAUCGUUCGUUUAGUAAGGCUAGCGUGUGUUACGGUUACAGUAGGGACAGGGUGCGAUAGAUUCAUACUUUAAGCGA